CAGGACAGUGUUUCAUUUCUGGAUGAUUGCUUCUAGGAGUUCCUGCUGAGUACUACCCAAUGCCAUCUGCACUAGUGAAUGUUCCUGGAGAUCUCAGGAAACUCCUGGAGGCCCUCAGCCAUGACCUUGAUGAUGAUUCCAAGAGAACAACACUUCAUAACAUCACUCAGUACAUCUAUCUGAAAGAAUCAGAGGCCAAUAUAUGUACCAACGAUGAUAUAAAACUGAUAGCAUCAUUCCUGGACGAUGAUGAUAAAGUCACCAAAACAGAGGCACUGAAUGCCCUCAAAGCUUUCACUAUAAUUUGGAGGUUUAAAAUCAAAAUCCAGGAAUAUGUCCCCAAAAUUGCUGAGUUGGUAACAAAUACUUGGGACACCAAUCUGCAGGUAGCAGGGUUGAGGCUACUGAAUGGACUGCAUAUACCAGACAGCACUCACCCAUUGAUGAGAAGACUGCUAUCAAAUUUCAUGGAUAUUCUGCUUAUGGCAAACACUUUGGCCAAGGUGCAAGUUCUCAAGUUUCUUAGCACAUUAGCCCAGGAAGAAGACCUUCUGUAUGACAUCAUGAAUAGUCAGGCACCCCCUGAAUUCCUGAGCCUUUUCCAGCCUUCUUUACCUGGGAACCUACUUUGCGAGUUGUUAAUCUUUGUGGAGCGGCUUAGUGCAGGGCGCUUGUCCCCCCAGUACCAGUCAGUGCAGUGGCACUACAAUGACAACUCUCUCCAUGAAGUCAUCUUUGGGGACAACUCUCGCCUCUCUGACCGGUUGCUGGCUCUCAUAAUUCAUCCAGAGGAAGAGGUGCAGACUGAAGCCUGCAAAGUAAUCCUCAGCCUCCGACUCAACAAGGAAGAGAGCCGGGUUCUCAGUGGACCCCCUUUUGGGGCCAACAUCAGUAUCGGCCCCUUGGAAUCAACAAGAAUUAGCCAGGCUGACAACUCCAGCCUCAGCAACCAUCCCCUUAACCCCAGCACCAACCCCUCUAAUGCCACGGGGAAUGAUGGCACCCAUGAUGAGAGUGGCCGCAACUUUUAUCCCCUUCAAACCAUGGAUGAGACUGACGAGAGCUUCUAUCCCCUUGAGAGAGCUGACCACAGCUUCCACCCCAGUCUCCACAGCAGCGGACGAGUGGUUGAGGACAACUCCAGGAGCAGCUUUCACCCAGUUGAUUGUUUGGACAACAGUGACAGCGGCAGCCUUUAAGGACUCAAUUUAUAGAGGAUGGGAAGAAACUAAUAAAGAAAU